UAGUGUGUGAUGUUUGUGACAUUUCCAAAACUGAGCUGUAUGACCUUUUAUAUCACAGAGCCUUUGAACUGCCCCCACCAGCGGAUAAAACAGGGUGCAGAGGUGAAAGCAAAGGCAGGUGCCUCUCUGACUCGUUUGGGUUUGGCCAAAUAACUGCUGCUCCUUCUUGGUUUGGAUGGAUAUUGAGUCAACGUGGCGCGCCCUUGGCUGAGUCUUCAUACUGAAGGAAAUGUCAGGAAAGACGUGCAGCAGCAACAGUGUUAUUCAGGCGCAAAAGCUGGUGGAUCAACUUCGGGUGGAAGCGGACAUGGAGCGAAUGAAGAUCUCGCUGACUGCAGCGGACUUGGUGCGGUACUGUCAGGAGCAAAGGCGCCACGACCCGCUGCUCGCCGGCAUCGCAGCCUCGUCCAAUCCUUUCAAAGACAAGAAGAGCUGCGUGCUGCUGUGACGAUCCCGAGGGGGGCCGAGGACACGGGGACGGCUCCUGUGGGCGCACGACCACGGAUCCGGUCAAAUGUGUAGAAAGUAAACCUCCUAGAGAGGCCAUUUGUCUUCUGCCUACCACUGAGAUAGUGCUUCUGCCUUCCUAAAGCCUUUUAUUCAAAAACACAGUCGAGGGAGUAAUUAAUGAUUGUUUGCCUUUUUGUUGUUUACACUGAAAGGCUUUGUUUUUAUGUUGCUUCUUCACAUGACGAAAUCAAUUUUGUGAGAGGGGUUUGAUUUCAACCUUUCAAGGCGUCACAGAGUACCCACGCAGCCGAGAAAUCAGACGCUAUUUAUUCCAGUUUUCAAAGAAAAACGUGUUUUAAUAAAAGCAUUUGUCAGGUA